AUGGCGAAAGCUCGCUCCUUGCGCAUCUUUUGGAACGACCCAGAUGUCACCGACUGCUCCUCAGACGAUGAAGAGCGCUGCUUCCUUCCUGGGCGCAGCGGGGUGUGUCGACUGCUGAACCGGACAAAGCCCGCCGUCAAGCCACGGGAGAAGGCGGCGUCGCCGGCAGGGAGCACUAAGUUCAGGGGCGUGCGGCGGCGGCCGUGGGGGAAGUAUGCAGCGGAGAUCCGCGACGCGUCAAGGGGCGUGCGCGUGUGGCUAGGUACCUUCGACACCGCCGAGGAAGCCGCCCUGGUCUACGACGACGCCGCUAUCCAGCUACGCGGUCCCGGCGCCGCCACCAACUUCUCUUCGUCGUCCUCUUCCCCAUCCUCCUCCCGGCGCUCCGCCGCCCCUACCGCCACAUCUCGGGAAAUCAACCCCACGCACCUGUCCGCCGGCUCCGAGUCGCACGCGCUCUCAUCUCCAACCUCCGUCCUCCGGGUUAUCUCCUCCUGCCCAUCGUUUGGAGGCGUGCCACCGUACACCGAAAUCUGGGAUUUCGGGAUGCCGGAUCCGAGUUUCCCCGUGGGAUCUUCGGCGUCGUGGGAUUUGGCGUUGGGAUCGUCGACGUCUCAGGGAGACGAUUGCUUCGGGGAGAUCGGCGAUCUAUUCCCCAUCGAACCGCCCCCUACCGUACUUUAAUAAUACCCCGUUAAUUAUCUACCAUAACGGAUUAGAUUAUGUCGAUGCAAAAACCGGUUUAAAACUUCCAAAAAACACGAUCUCAAAUUGUAUCGGAGAAGGCUUGGGCCUAUGUUUUGUUGUAGGGAAACUGUUGUGUAAUUUAAUAAUUUAAAAUGCACGGUGUGAUUUGGGUACA